AUGAUUAAAAGAUGGAUAUUGGAAGAUGAGGAUGGUGAUUAUGACGAUGAGCUUGGUUUGUUUGAUGUGGCUACUGAGAGAGUGAGUCAUCGAACAGAUAGAGGAGCAGGAUGGCGUUAUGUUCAACAGCUUAUGUAUGAAUCUGAUCAGCAGUGCUAUGACAUUCUUCGGAUGCAUCAGAGAACUUUUAAAGCUUUGUGUAAGUUGCUAACUGAGCAAUAUGGAUUGAAAGAGUCUCACAAUGUCUACCUUGAGGAAUCUGUUGCAAUGUUUCUUGAGGUUGUUGGUCAAGAUAAGACUAAGCGGGUUAUUGCUUCAAGGUAUCAAAGAUCAUUGGAUACGGUACAAAGAAAGCUUGAUGAUGUCUUGAGUGCUCUUCUCAAGUUUGCAGCAGAUACACUAAGACCACAAGAAGGCGAGUUUGAAAGAGUAAGUCCUGUUGUGAGGAAUGAUCGUCAGUAUUGGCCUCAUUUCAAAGAUUGUGUCGGAGCACUUGAUGGAACGCAUGUCCCGGUUCGUCCUCCAAGUCAGAAUGCAGAAGCCUAUAAUGGUAGAAAAGGAGUUACAAUGAAUGUUCUUGCUAUAUGUAACUUCGAUAUGAAGUUCAUAUAUGCAUAUGUCGGAGUACCUGGUAGAGCACAUGAUUCAAAGGUCUUGACUCAUUGUGCGAGGAAUGAGGCUUCUUUCCCACAUCCUCCUCCUGGAAAGUACUACUUAGUUGAUUCCGGAUACUCGACCAGGACAGGGUAUCUUGGUCCGCAUCGUAAUAUGCGAUAUCAUAUUCCUCAAUUUCAGAGAGGAGGACCACCAGUUAGUGCACGAGAGCUGUUUAACAAAAGGCAUUCAAGUCUGCGAUCAUACAUUGAGAGGACAUUUGGAGUAUGGAAAGCAAAAUGGAGGAUUUUGGACCGUAAGCAUCCAAAGUAUGGUCUGGUCAAGUGGAUUAAGGUGCCGACUGAAUGGGAAAAUGUUGAUGUUGGAGUAGAAGAAGAAGAAGAAGAAGGUGAUGAUGAUGAUGGUGGUGGACAUAUUGAAUAUGAACCGAGAGGUGAUACAGUAAUGGAGGCUUUGCAUGAUAAUAUCACAAAUGGAUUUGGUAGAGGUCGUUUACCAUACUAA